UUUGGGGGAGGUUGUCCUUCUUCCCGUUGAGCUAAUCGGUUUUGGUCAGCCGCUACACCUGCUAACGGUUUCUGAUAUUUAUCCAUUUACAAAUUAAAACAAUAUGGACGACUUUGACAUGCUCAACGCCCCCUCUGCCGGUAAUGGUGUCGGCUCAGAAGAGGACCCCGCUGCCGCUUUCUUGGCCCAGCAGGAGAGUGAAAUCGCGGGGAUCGAAAACGACGAAGGUUUCAGCAUCCUGGACGGCGGAGAGGUGCCUUCAUCGCUGGGGGACACGAACGGUGAGAGACCGCUGUGGUUCAGCCAAGACACUUUUACCCGCUACAGUAUUAAUGUUGUCUUUUUAAAGUGAGAGAAUGGAAUGCUUUUCAAUGAAACUGCCUUUUAAAAUGUACGAUCUGUUUCGUUAAAGACAUAGGAAAUGAUGCCCAUUCAGUCAUCCUGCUAACGUUAGCUGGGUUAGCAGAUUAGCUUCCAGUAUCUGACGUUAACGUCUACCUGUUUUAAACGUUAUCUAAUAUUGACACGCGUGACCAGGAAGCACGAGGAAGAAACGAUCAAAGAAUACAGAUAGGACAGGGUUUUAGCUCCUUUGUUAUAAAUGAAUGAGGCUGUCUGGUAGCAUAAGCUGCAUUUUUACAGAGCUUGUCAUUCAGGCUGCAGUCAUGUUACCUACAGGCAUCACGACAUGUUAUUUUCCUGAAAACCUUACAGUCGCAGGAGGAGGAAUCCGAUAAAGCAAAAUGACCUUUGAUCACGACUGUCGCGUUUCCUUGAAGCUGGAUAUUCAUAAUGUUUGAAUAUAUGCAGCUGGUCCCAAGUGCUGACAUAUCAUGUUGUAUCAUGUGUUUGUAUGUAAAGAGAAAACAUUGAGUUAAGGUCCUGCCUUUAGAAAAAUGACCUGAAUUUGAUUGUUUGGUUUUGAUCUGAUAAAGUACAGCUCAUAAUUUUCCCUUAUGUCUUUGCAGACGGCACUGUCAAUGGAGAUCUUCAUGGGGUAAUACAUUUUCACCUACAUCUCAAGUCUUUGAGCUUGUUUUUCUGUGUUUUAUAAGUUAAUUAGAGGAAUUUUUAAAAAUCCAUUUGUGAUCCCAGCCAACACACUACACUCUAAGGAGCGAGGAAAGCAUUGUCAUGUGAUCACGUUUCUUCCUUGACCUCUGUCAGUGCUGUCCCCGUCCUCAAGCAAUGUUGGGUUUGCCUUAACUUCGGUCAUAUUUUCAUAUUUUGGCUCUAAUUUAAAUUAAUUUCUGAAGAACAUGGAUCACCCACUUCACAACACCUUGAUGGACCAAAGGGCCAGUGGUGGUGGACGGCUCCUCUCUUCGCUGUAGGACAGAAAGAUUCAGAAGAUCUUUUUGUACCAACAGCCAUCAGACUUUAUAACUCUUAUUUAAAUAAUAGAUAACUUUUAUAGACAUGUUAUGUGAGAUAACAGACAAUUGAAUUUCUCCUUGGGGAUCAAUAAAGUUAUUCUUAUUCUUAAUUUCUAUAAUUUAUGACAAAAUUCUCUAUAAGAGCAGUUCCACGGAUUGGCUAUCAAUCCACUGACUGGUGCUGACUGGCCAUUAGCAGAACAUAGCACAUCUCUAAAGAAGAAGUCAGAUAGGUGAAGAAAUACACACAGCUCUUGGCACUGUAGCAGUGUGAUUUUAGUGCUAACUGCAGUGGUUUUAAUAUCUGACUCUUACAUCCACUCCAACUUCCUUUUCCUGUGCUCAUUGCAACAUCAGUCAGUAUUCUGCACAGUCAGGACUUCUUUCUGACAUUGGAAGAAGCUAAGCUGAUAAAACUCACAGUGAGCCAAACUUGAUUUUACUACAGUGUCUCAACAGACAUUUAGCUUCAAACAGAUUUUCUAAAUAUACAUAUUCGAUUCAGGACAACAACACUGAGUUCACUUGCUGAUUCUAAAUGCACUUGCUAAAUAAACUAUAGUUUGUGUGAGUCAGAUUAAGUCAAAAGUUUUCACAACAUGUCAACGACACUUUUUGUUUUAGGAAAGCAACGGUCCAUCAGAUGCCUAUGCCGCUAUUUCUAAUGCAGAUCGGCUGCAGGCGGAACCUGAAAGUCUACGCAAGUGGAGAGAGGAGCAGAGAGAGAGGCUGGAGUUGCUAGGUAAGCACAGACAAGAGUAUAUUCUCCUUCCACAGAUCAGUUCUUAGGUCAGUCAGACAAAUAAAAUCAGCAAUAGGAUACAUUUCAAGUGCUAGAGAUAAAACUAGCUGUUAUUCCCUAACAACUAAUUCCCCUCCAGUGAUUCCUACCCUGUUCAUUAGUGAAAAAGUUCCAUGUCGUUGACACUUCCAUACAUCUCUUUAAUUCUUUAUCACUCAUCUCCUUUCCCAGAUGAUAACUCUCGCAAGCAGGAGUCAGAGUGGAAAGAGAAAGCUAAGGUGGAGCUGGAGGAGUGGCACUCAAGGCAGAACGAGCAGCUGGAGAAAACCAAAACCAACAACAGGUACUGGCUUCUAUUGAGGGGUAGAGAUGAGGAAUAAAGGAAGCGAAGAGGGGAUAACAUUGCCACCAAAAAUAUUAGUUAAAAAAAAGACAUCUACGGUUGUUACCCAACACAAAAAAGCUAAACUGAUGAUAUGGAGACAGUCCCAAAAUAAGAGUAGCCUUCGGGGAUUGAGCCACAGGGCAUGUAACCAGAUACCAAGGUUUAGCUGCAGAAGAAGAAAUAGAUCCACCUCAACCUCCAGAUUUCAGACAAUGUGCUGGUGUCCAAAAGAACCUUCAAGUAAUGAGAUAACUUUACAGCAAUGGGAGAUCAAGCCUCUCUCAAGGGGCAACCUGAGAUACUUAAAAAGAUAACCUAAGAUAACGACAACUCACAUACAAGUAUUCAAGCAUCUGGUGCUUAGACAGAAACUUGGCCAUUGAACUUCUGCAACAAGUACAAAUGUGCUUUGCUCUAUGGUUCCUUUUAUGAUUAAUAUUUUGAUCUGUCUUGCUGUUCAGCUUUAUGGAGUUCUAGAUUUAUUCCUAUAAUCACAAUCCUACAGAGUCAGGCUGGCAUAGUUUCCAUCUGAGUGUCUCCUGCAUUGUAAUGUGGCCCUGCAGCCCUAUCAAUAAUAAACUACAUGCAACUACAGCUUUUCACUCCUCUGACAGCUCUGUGUUUGGUGGAAAAGAGUAGCACAGUGAUGUAUGAUCUUUUCUCGAUGCAGAAAAAUAACUGACACACAAAUGAUCUGGCACCAAGAGAAAGUUCCCCAAGCUCCUCAAGAAGUGUCUUAGAUUAAAAAACAAGGAAAUUAAAGUCCUAAAUUGCAUUUAGUCUAUUGCAAAUUUGCUUACUGUAUUAAAUUUGGAAAUCGUACUUUAAAGUUUAGUGGGAAAACGAUUAAGCUGUAGCUUAGCCUUGUCAAAACAGACUAUUGAAGCAGUUGAAAUAAUCUGAAUGAAAUGCCUUGGCCAAAGGUUUGGGUCCAAUUAGCUCAGCUGCUUUCAGGGUAGCCAAUAAGUCAAUGCCUUUUGUUUUAAAUCUCCUCAUGUAUUCAGCUUUUCCUCAAACUGGUGUUAAAACUUUGAUGUUUAAGAAUAACGGAUACACUGAGGAGUCAUCCAGCCUCACAGGGACAUAAGGGGGAGGAAUCGAAUGAGUCAGAGAAGCAGAAGUAUUAUGUGCUAUAAAAUUUGAGGAAUAGGCAGAUGCUUAUUGUGCCUGUGCCUCUUAUCGUCUGGUACCAUUUAUAUCAUAAGAAACAGGAGUGUUGGUCAGUGCAUGGUUACAAGUCCAUGCACUGUAAAUAUUUUAGCAUUCAAAUCUUAACUUACUACACAAUCAGGGAAUUUUUCUCCUGCUUGACCAUUAUUGACACACUUAUUUCGAAAGUCUAAGGUACAGAGCAGCUAAAUCUGAGUAACAUGCUCUCACUGCCAAUCCAUGGGCCUAACAUUAACCAGAUGUUUGUUGAGCUUUUGCAGUCAGAGCACAAAGCAGUGCGCCUGAGCCUUGCAACUAUUAUUCAAUCACAGAUGCACAGCAUGUACAGCUUCAAGAUGUGGUGAAUACAGUGAUUUCCAGAGACCUGGCAUCUUUCAAAGAGGUUUUCUCAAUGCUUUUGGCAUCUAAAAUUGUGUUAGUCAGGUUUUAAAAAGGUCUGAAGUGCACAAAAUAAUUGUGGUAAAAAUUGUACAAGGACUAUGCAAGAGUUAGUGCUUCAACUAUAAGUUAUUUUUCAUAAUAAUGGAUGUCUCCUUAUCAGCUAAUCAAUAAAUCUAUCAACCUUACGGAUAUCAUUGAACACUUGAGUAAAACGGCAGGUCUCCAGACUUGAUCCCUAGUUAAUUACGGCAAAAUCUUCUUUAUUCUCUAAUCUGAGUUUGUAUUUCGAAUGUAAAGAGCUGAUGCUGUUGGACAGAUCACUUGAGCCUUGUGAUACAGGAUUUCGUUCACACAAUGAGGUGAGACUCUCAAGAGACUUAAAAACACGCUGACAAGUCCUUCCGAGCCUUUGAUUAUAUGUCUUAACAUCAUAAAUGUGUGGUAACCUAUAAUGCUUGUGUUUCCCAUCCUCCUUUCCUUUUUACCGCUCUCUCUCUCUCUCUCUCUCUUCCCGCCUUCUCGCUGCUCUGUCGCUUGGGCGGAUGUUUGUCCAGGGUGCUGGAUGAAGACUUCUACAAGCAGCCCUUCUCUGAGCUCAUUGGUUAUGUGUAUGUUGCUCCAACUAACAUCCUCCCUCGUCAUUUUUCGUACAUUUCUUUUCUCCAUCAUCAUCAUCAACCUCUCAGCACUUAAACACCGACAUCAUAUCCAUCUCAUAAAUGUAGGCGUUCGUUAACUUCCCAGAUUUUGUUUCCAUGGGUUCAGUUUGAACUUUUCAUUCUUGACAUGGAUUUUUGUCGUAGAGCUUAUUUUUCUUAAUCAAAUGAAAACCGCUGUAAUAACUUUCCCCUCAUCUCUGCAUGUCAUUUGUGAGUUGAUGCUCGUCAGAAUAUUCCAGUUAACAGAAUGACUGCAUGCCACUGCACACACAAAUACUGCCACCUCAUAUUAAAAUGUAUUAUUUAUUUUUGGCUGUGAUUUUGUUCAUUAUCCAUCGUCAUUUUAACCCCGUACUGUUCAAUCAUUUCACUUCUGUAGGUCACUCUGCAAAUACAUGAUACACAUCUGGAGCAUUUAACAUGUGCUGAUAUUAAUAAUGAUAUGAACUCACAGAAAGUGUUGUCUCUUAAAAUAUGAUCUUGCCUCAGAUAACCCACAGAUUUUUUGCUCAGGAGUAGGAAGCUUGAAAUGUUUGAAGCAUUUGUGUGUUGUGACAUUCAGUGAUUGCGCAAGUAUCAUCGAGACUUCCUAAGAAGUAAUGUCUGAUUUUACUACACUAUCUGAAAGGGGUACUUUGCUCUUGGUAGUAGAUCCUCCUUCUGAUCCUCUUUUAAGUGAGUCCUCCACAGUUGUCACCCUGACUUCUCCAGACAUGUUUUUGGAGGUUCAGGGCCAGUUGCGCGCAUUUGAAACUGAGCUGAGAUUUGCAGUUGCCGAAACAUAAUCGCCGAAGGUCUGACAAACAGUGUUAAUUUUCUCCUCAAGUUAGGAGGUACAGACUUUUCAUAAUUGAAAGCCAUGUCGUAUACCCUCUGACACUAUCGAUGUUUCAGUGUUAUACAUCUCACCAAAUAUACAUCACCUCCAGCUGAAGCUCAGAUGUCCUGACGGGCUUCAGGGAUACAAACAUCACAAUAUUCAGUAUUGCUAACACUACAAGUCAUGUCAUGGUUACACAACUGCUUCAAACUGAACUGUUUCAUGCUUUUGAUAGAAUAUCAGCUGCUCUGUAGUUACUGCUCUCUUACAGAAUAACAUGCUAAUUUGCCCAGCUAGCUAUCCAGUUAUAGCCUCAGACGUGCAGCCUUUGGUUUGGUCUUCAAAUUACAUUGGAACACUAUCAGCCUGCAUUGUGGUGCACCCAAGCCCCCUCCCCCUUUCAAUAGUUUUGUUUUGAGGAAUAGAGAAGUAAGAACAGUUUUUGAUUCAUUUUUUAAAAAUUAUUAUGUAUGCAUUUGAAACUGCACAUUUUCUUUAAAAGGGAUAUUCCGGCGUAAAAUUAAGUUAGGGUCAAACACACUGUAACACCAAGUUAGACGCCCCAUCAAGAGAUUAAUGUUGCCGACCGCUUGCUUCUCUGGUUAUACCAACUUUAGUAACAACCACACAAUAGCAAUACAGAGAGCCACAUGCUCAACCAAAACACCACUCCAUAGCCACAUAUAAUACUCAGAGCAGCACCUAACUUCAUCAACAGUACAUAUAGGGUCAAAGCCAUAGCACUAGCCACCAAACAUCUUUUUAACUUUAACUCACCUACUCUCUUCCAGCAGCCGCCUGUUUGCAGGGUGAGCCCUGAAGAGUCCCAUCACUGACUGCAGCGGGGUUUAGCAGCUCAAGGAAGAACAUUUAUGAUCAUUACUUCAUGGAAAUGCAAUCAGACCGAGAUGCUAAGGCAGAAGAACUACUGCGUCUGCAGUGCAAAAUGAUUAAUAUGAUGAUUAUUACUCAAAGGAAAUGAUAAAGUAAUGAUCAUAAAUGUUCUUCCUUGAGCUGCUAAACCCGCUUCUAAUUCAGCAUCUUGUUUCACUGUUGUGGAUUGAGCUAAUACCACACUAGUGUUUGAUCUUCAGGCACUGCUGUGCUGGUCCAGAAUAACACAGAUUCACGCCAUCUUCUUCCCAUUUAACUCAUCAGUAUAAGUCUGUUACAGGACCGGCAGGGGUCACAUUUAAAACAUAGUCCAGGACCGAAUGAUGUGCAAACACUUCCCACACAAACACCAACCAAAUGUGACAAGAGAAUUAUCUCUUCUCUGGAGACAGUGGGAGCCGUAUUGUUUGUGAAUACAGGGAAAUAAGUAACACCUUCAUCUUAUGACAGAUCUCCGGUCAAAAUGAUAAAUGUUUAUAACUGAUAGAAAUGAACUAUGUACCACCGUCCCCAGAAGAAUAUAUUCUUCACUCACCAAAUCAGAGGCUGCACGCUGGUCUUUUUUUGUAGAACUGUUUGAAGAAAACAAAUGUUGCUUCUGCAUGCUGGCUUUCAACAUCUGCAUUGAGGUCAUUUUUGUUGUCUUUCAUUUUGUACCCUCCCUUCUCUAUCUCUCUCUUCUAAAUUCUGACUUGUGAAACUGUUUCUCCCUGUUUUCUUUUCCUAUGCACCUUAAAGCACACACAUUAACCAUCCUUGCUACCGCCUAGACCAGUUAAGUAAAAAUACAAAAUCCCAGAACCCCCAAAUAUCUUUAUAUUUCUGACAGGGGAUUCAGUUUUGUGAGUGUCUGUAUGUGUAUGUGUGUGUUCGUGCGUGUGUGUGUGUGUGUGUUUUCUAGAUAAAGUAGCUUUGCACAGAUAGCUAGUGUGCUAUUCCAACAGUUCAAUCCUCUGCCUAGCUUGAGUUCUGGUUUGAUGUCCCUUCUGUGAUGUUGUGGUCGUUUUUAGUUCCUUUGUUUGAAUGUAGUUGGUUGUGAUUGUAAAUAUUUCUUUGCGUCUCAUCCCCAUUUUGCUCUGUGUUCUCAGUCCUAGUUAGUGGCUAAGUUUGUGUUGUGGGUUGGGUGGGGAAAAUGAAAAUAUCCUUAUAGGGAGGAACCCUGGUGGUGGAAAUAUGACAAUGAUCGUGGGAGGGGUGUGGUGAGGGUUUACUUUUGUGUAGCCCUGAGAUGUGGCUUCCAUCUCAGAGUGUCUUGUGAUAGUUGCACUGAUUUGUUUUUUAGUUUUAAGAUUUUUCGUCUCUUUUUUUAAAACUUUUUUUGUGUUUCUUGCCGUUGUCGUAACUCCUGUAGUUUGUCUGUUUUAGGGUUUGAUAGCUGCUUUUUUAAACUCACAGCCUUCACUAGGAAGACAUCAAUUGGUCUAUUAACUAAUUAUUACAUAUUAAUUCAAGGUAAACUCUUUUUUUUUUGCCACUAUUCCAAACAGCCUGCUUCUCAGCUGCAGCACAGUGCAUGGCUUAGGCCCAGCAGUGCUUCAAGUUCUUUUGGGCUUGGUUAAAAAGAGAAAACCGAACUUGCCGUUAUUGUUCCUUUUGAAUCAAGGACAAGUGUAGAAAUGUGCUCAUCUCUAUGCUUGAGUCUUUGAAAGUCAAGAGAACAUUGUAGAUAUGCAGCCACAAGGCAAGUUGAAGUACAAUGGUGUGGGCAAAGUCCCCUCCCCAGUUCUGCAAAGAACUGCAGUUUUAACCAAGCAAAAGUGCUCCAGUGACUCAGUUCUGCUUUGUUUGUUUGUUCUGUAUAUUUGUCCCAUCCUUCACUGUUGUCCAGGGUCGACAAACAGGUUUACUGUCUGGUAACAAGUUAGCAGAAAUGGGGGCAUGCUUUAGGAUGAUGAAACUGUUGUUGCGCGUUGUUGAUGUAAAGACAGAUGGAUGUUCACUGUGGUCAUUGGACUGUCCCUGGGAUGGACUCUGCUGAAACUACACAGUCCUACCAAAACAAAAAAAGGCGUAUCUGUUGAUUAAUUCAUGAGCAAAGAAUCUUUAAAUGUAACCUGCACUGCAGGCUAAAUUUGUAACCAGAACUUGGCAUGUGUUGGUUUCCAGCAGAGGACUUCCCUGGGCCUGUAUGUGCAUUUGGUUUUACUGUUCCUCUUCCUCUACUGAUUGUUCUCUAUUCCACCUCCUGUCUUCUCCUCUUCCUUGUUGCUUGCAGGGCAGCUGAAGAGGCCAUGAUUUCAGAUCUGGAUGAAAACAACCCUGGCACUGAGUGGGAACGGGUGGCUCGGCUCUGCGAUUUCAACCCCAAGUCCAGCAAGCAGGCUAAAGACGUAUCCCGCAUGCGAUCCGUCCUCAUCUCCCUGAAGCAGUCCCCACUGGUCCGCUAGGCAGCUGAGGCUGAUCAGGGCAUCAUUCCAUAUCAUUCUCAUCAUACACCAACCCAACUACCGAAAUCCCAGCAUCUGUAUUGUGAAGACGAGGGGAAUUAAAACCUUUCUGUCCGUAUCUGUUUGCCAUGCUCAGCCCUGUGGAAGGAAAUCCUGCCCUCAUCUGUCUCCUCUGGGCACGGCUGUAGAGAUUAUCCUUUAAGAACCAGCUCACCAUUUUCUCCCGUUUGCACUUUUUCCACAGACCAUCCAAACCUUUUUAAUUCCUCUUCCCUUGACGAACAUACAGAGAUCAUGCCUAGUAGAUCAACCUUAGGUCUCGAGGUCUGUGGAGUUGUGUGAUACUUUAGUGAGGAUGGCGAGUUGGGACACUAAAAGGGAAGGGCUGAUUGUUCGAGCCUCUAACUACACUACAACCUGAUUACUCGGCCCUCAAACAAUAUCACUCCCAUAACGCUGUAAAUCUAAUGAAUCUUACUCCAGUCUACCAGGUUUGUUUGAUGUGUAAUUGUUCGUAUUUUACCCUCCAACACAUCACCUCAUAUUCUGUCAUCCUCAUAAAAAGAAUUCUAUUCAGAGCUUUUCUUUUUGUUGUUUUUUUUAAGGACCAAACUCAAAGACAAAACUCCAAAUUCAGUGUGUGUACAUACUGUGUGUGUUGACCCCACGUGUGGCAUAUUGUGUGAAACUUUCCAAUCUAUGCAUUUCCUUUUGAAAAGCCUCCCCCUUCUCCAGUCAGGAACUGAAGUCCAGUUAUUACAGUAAAUGUGACCCAUCUCUGUGUGUUUCAAACCUCAGCUGAGUGUGUGUAUGUACUCUUUGCGUGUACCUUUGUACAUAUACAGAAGGCAAUAUAUAUACAGUAAACAAAAAGUUUAUGUCACUUCAACUAGAAAGUUCUGGUUAUAAAGAGAAAUAGAUGUUAGCCAGCUGUUGCUUGACCAUCCGUAUUCAUUGUCCAUUUGAUUUCAAUAUAAGUAAAACCUGAAAGAAAACUCU